CCCAGAGCCUAAGGCUGAGGUGUUCCCUUCUCAUCUUCCUCACUUUCAUAAUUCAUUCCUCUCCCCUCCUCCAACUCCAACUCCAACUCCAACUCCAACUCCAACAACAAUCAAAGGUCAUGGUGGCGCUUCUUCAUCUCCCGUGUCGUUUCCACAAUUGUCUGAAUCCAAAUCAAAAGGUAGUAGUAGCAGUAGACGACGAGAGAGGUUGAAGGAAGCAAGAAGCAUCCCACACCGAACAAACUCAAAACAUGACAACAUGAGUGAAGCAAAAAAAGUAGAAACAACACAAACAUAGAAAGAAAGAAAGAACCCUAUUUAUUAAAUUGGUUUUUGGAGUUUUACACAGUGGUGGUUGGGCACUUGGGCUUGUUGUCGUUUACCCGUUACUUCCUCUUUUUGGCGUCACAAUACGCAGACAGAUACACACACCGUAUAAAUAUGCUGUUAUUGUUCUGCUGUUUUUGUUCCUAUCUUCCGAAGCCGCAUGCUGAUUGCUGAUAUGCCCAUCACCGCCGCAUAGCCUCUUUCUUUUUGCUUCUGGUUCUUCGGUCAUGUCGCUCAAAAGGGGUGCCGAUGAUGGCAAGAGUUCCGAUGAUAAGCGUAGAAAACCUCCACCUUUCUCCAGUGUGGUGCGGGAGGUGAUGAAGUUACAAUCAGUCAGGAAUGUGCUGGAGCCAAUUCUUGAGCCCUUGGUUCGGAGAGUGGUUAGGGAGGAAGUUGAGUUGGCUCUUAAGAAGCAUUUAUCCAGCAUGAAACAGGCCUAUGGAAAGGAAAUGAAUAUUACUGAAUCAAGAACUUUGCAGCUACAGUUUGAAAACGGCAUUUGUCUUCCAGUAUUCACUGGAGCUCGAAUCGAAGGAGAGGAUGGCUCCAAUUUAAGGAUAAGUUUAGUUGAUGCCGUAACAGGGAAGGUUGUGAGUACAGGACCUGAAUCUUCAGCUAAGGUCGAAAUUGUAGUCCUUGAGGGUGAUUUUGAAGAAGAAGGUGGUAUUUGGAUGCCUGAAGAGUUCAAGAGCAAUAUUGUGAAAGAAAGGGAAGGAAAAAAGGCCCUCCUUACAGGAGAUGUAAUUUUUUAUCUAAAAGAUGGGGUUGGUGUGGUGGGUGAAAUUUCAUAUACAGAUAAUUCAAGCUGGACAAGAAGUCGUAGGUUCAGGCUUGGGGCAAGAGUUGUGGACUACUUUGAUGGUAUUAGAAUAAGAGAAGCAAAGACAGAGUCAUUUAUUGUCAGGGAUCACAGAGGAGAAUUGUACAAGAAGCACCACCCUCCAAGUUUGUCUGAUGAAGUUUGGAGACUGGAAAAGAUAGGCAAGGAUGGAGCUUUCCACAAGCGUUUGAGUCGGGAAAAGAUCUAUACUGUUAAAGAUUUUCUCACACUUCUCAAUCUGGAUCCAGCAAAGCUGCGCAGUAUACUUGGCACUGGGAUGUCUGCAAAGAUGUGGGAAGUGACUCUGGAACAUGCUCGAACUUGUGUACUUGAUAUGACGAGGAACCUGUACUUCCCUGCUCAUUCACAACAAACCGGUGUUGUCUUCAAUGCAGUGGGACAAGUGACAGGACUGAUCUCUGAAGGCGAGUAUGCCGAUGUAGAUAAGCUGUCCGAAACUGAAAAGGCUGAUGCUCAAAACUCAGUUAUUUCUGCACUUAACCAAGGGGAUUUUGCCUCUUUUGAAGAUGAAGCCUCCCUCAUCGAUCGGUCUUCGCACUUAACUAAUGCACUUUACUCCCCAAGCUCUCCCAGGACCGAGGGAUCAAGUGCAAACAAACUUUUGGGUCCUCAAAAGCCUGGAGGGUUCGAUUACACCCCAGCAAGUGCCUCUUCUCCAGAUAUCAUGUCGUCCAUUUAUUCCGUUGCUGGAACUAGUGGCUUGGAUGACUAUGGCUUGUCUAGUUUUGACAGCAUGAGCCUUAGAUAUGAUCAAGCUCUUGGUUUUCCAGUCUCCAACUCUUUGAUCUGUGACACAGAUUCAAUGGCCCAUGUUUUUAGUGAUGAAGAUCAUUUGCAGUUUUUCGAUACUGAUCUCCAAUCACAGUUCCACAUCCAAGCAGAUUUACAGAGUGCUGUUGAUAGCUUCAUGGUGGCACGCACUACGACCGUGGCCAAUGGUAAAGCUCAGAGGAGAUGGCGAAAGCUGUUCAACGUUCUGAAAUGGUUCAUGGUGAGGAAACGACCAAACCAGAGAUACAGGUAACUAGUUGUGAAGAACAUGAAGGUCCAGUUAAGCUUGUAGAUUGUGUUCAUGAGUGCAGCCCAAAAGAAUGUUUCUUUCAGUUGAAUGAGAAAAGUUGUGGUUUCUUUUAUAUGUAAAUACAUCUUUUGUGCAUUGGCUCUUAUUAGCCAGAGAUCUUAGAGUUGCUAGUCUCUUUUGCUGUCUAAAAUUAAGUUGUAAAUACUUGUCUUUCACAGUUAGGAGAGGAUUUCUGGUUGAUGGCAGAUGCUUCAUAUUUUUGUAAGCAUGGUUGGUCCAAUAAAAUCAAUUCCCCCCUUGUGAA